AUGAGCUUUGAAGUCAGUCUCCAGCAGCUGAACGACCUGUUAACAGACGAGAGUGGUCUGUACAGCUGGCCCACCAAGCACUACCACGAAGUCUACCCGCGGAUCUACGUGGGCAACGCGUUUGUGGCGACUAACGUGCUGCGUCUGAAGCGUCUGGGCAUCACACACAUCCUGAAUGCGGCCGAGGGAAACUCCUUCAUGCAUGUCAACACUAACGCACAGUUCUACAGCGGCUCUGGCAUCACGUACCACGGCAUCCCGGCCAACGACACUGACCACUUCGAUCUCAGUGUCUUCUUUGAGGAGGCCGCAGACUUCAUCGCUAAAGCACUGGCCUAUAAAAAUGGGAAAGGAAAAGUGUAUGUGCACUGUCGUGAAGGCUACAGCCGCUCACCCACCCUGGUGAUCGCCUACCUGAUGCUGCGGCAGAACCUGGACGUGCACACAGCUCUGGCCAUGGUGCGCCACAAACGAGAGAUCGGCCCCAACGAUGGAUUUCUGCGCCAGCUAUGUGUCCUGAACCAGCGACUGGUGUCUGAGGGGCGCCUCUGCAACCAGUGA